UGUAGAUUACAGGAAAGAAAUAUUAUACAAGUUAUUUAAAUUAUAGUUUUAUAACGUAUAUAUUAAAAUUCCUAAACAAAAAACGAUAUUACAUUCAUUCUUACUUAAAAAUGUCGAAAAUUUUUACACCAACGAAUCAAAUAAGAUUAACCAAUGUUGCUGUGGUUCGUAUGAAAAAAGCAGGGAAGCGAUUUGAGAUUGCCUGUUACCGGAAUAAGGUUAUCUCGUGGAGAAAUAAACUAGAAAAAGAUAUUGAUGAAGUUUUACAGACACAUACAGUAUUUAUAAAUGUCUCUAAAGGUCAAGUAGCAAAGAAGGAAGACCUCGUAAAAGCUUUUGGUACUGAUAAUCAAACAGACAUUUGUAAAGAGAUUCUUACAAAAGGAGAACUUCAAGUUUCGGAUAAAGAAAGACACUCAGCCUUAGAUUCUAUGUUUAAAGAUAUUGCUACAACUGUUGCUAACAAAUGCAUAAAUCCAGAAACUAAACGUCCUUAUACAGUAACUAUGAUAGAAAAAGCUAUGAAAGAUAUACAUUUUUCAGUAAAGCCAAACCGAAAUGCAAAACAGCAGGCAUUAGAUGUAAUUCCUCAAUUAAAAGAUGUAAUGCCAUUGGAGCGGGCUCAAAUGAGACUCAGAGUUUUGGUCUCAGGCAAAGAAGCAAAAAAAUUAAGAGACAAAAUAGUAAAAUUAGUAACAAAACUAGAAACAGAAGAGUGGGAUAAUGGAACUUUAGAUUUGAUUUGCUUAAUUGAUCCUGGACAUUAUAGAGACAUAAAUGAACUAGUGAGGUCUGAAACCAAAGGUUCUGGAUUAUUGGAAUUACUUAAUUUAAAGGAAAUUGUUGAAGGGGAUGAAGUCUUGGAAUAAAUAAUUAAUUUUACUGAACGUUGUUAUCAUCUUAUAACCUUUUUUUUUACA